CUGAAGUUCUGAAAUACAGGCUGACUGGAGCCGAGGUGGCUUCUGAAAAUCUGUCUGCUGCUUGUCGCCCCUCUUGCCGAGAUCCUCACCAUGAAAGGCCUUCUGCUGCUUGUCCUGGCUUCUCUGUUCUGUGGCAUCUCAGCUCAAAUUCGCUGUCACUCCUGCUACAAGGUCCCCAUGCUGGGCUGCAUUGACCGCCAGUCCUGCCUCCUGGCCCAGGGGCAAAGAUGCCUGACCACAAACGUGUACCUUGGUAAGAUGUGGCUUUAUUCCAAUCUUCGAUGCGGCACAGAGAAAGAACCCUGUGUGGAAGCCCUCAACCAAACCAACCACAAGCUGGGCCUGACCUACAACACCACCUGCUGCGAUAGAGACAGCUGUAAUAGCCCUGCACCCCGCCCCACGCCCGGCCUGGCCCUGGUCUUCCUCACCUCUUUGGCUGGCCUUGGUCUCUGGCUGCUGCACUGAAACUUGCUCCAUGGCUGGCCCUCCUCCCACCUGCCUCAGCCUUGGCCAUAUCCCUGGCUUCCCCAAAGGGUCUCCCCCUCGCCCCCUUUGCUCUGAAAAGCAUUUCUCAAGAUCCUUCACAUUUCUUUAAUUAGACAGUGGUCUCCCUGUCCAUCCUCCCACCCCGUGCCCUCCACUCUGCUUUUCCCAAGCCCCUCCUCAUUUCCCUCUAGACCACGCCAGACCUUCCACUGGCCCCUAGAAGGGUUGCCCACUUUGCCUCCUGCACUCCCCUGUGUCCUGCUUGGGGAAGGAUUGGGAUUCCUGUCCUUGGGAAAGGUUGGUCCUGAAACGGGGGUUCUGUCAUGCUCCUGAUGAGGGUUCCUAAAAAGGAUCCGAUGACCUCAAAUCCUGGUUCCCAGUGUAUCCCAUCCCCAUGCUCACCUCUUUUCAUUUUGAAUAAUAAAUGUCUGUCUCUGA